AGGAGCGGCGCUAGCGGUGGCGGCAUGUCGGGCCGUGCGGGCCCGGGCUGGCGCCGCGGGCGGCCGAGCUCGUCCCCGGCCCGCAGGCGGCUGAAGCCGCUGCGAACGGUGGUGGCGUGGAGGGGCCGAGCGGAGUGGGACCAGGUGAUGGUGGGGCUGUACUGCGGGGACAGCCGGCUGCAGCAGGAUGCGCUGGACCGCGUCUCGGCAUGGAAGAGCCGGUAUGGUCCAAAAAUGCCUCUUGCAGUGGACUGCACGGCAGAACUGAUCCGUUGUAAGGUCCUCGAUUCAUCUGGCAGAUUGAAGUCACAUGAGCUCAUCCUCUCUUAUGGGCUGGCUCUUGUAAGGUUUGUCAACUUGAUCACAGAAAGGAAACAGAAGAUGGUCAGCAUUCCUCUGAGACAGUUAGCCAGAGAGGUGGACAUCCCCAUCUGGGUUGUGGACCUCCGUCAUGAGCUGACGCACGGGAAGCUGCCGCGGCUGGCUCUGUGCCGCAAGGGUUGUGAUGUUGUGCUGGACUGGCUACGAAAGAUGUAUUGGAGCCGUCAGCUGGGCAAUAACUUGCGUGAAGAAAGUGAGGAUGAGGAUGAGGAAGAAGAGCAGGAAGAGGUGGAAGCAAAUGCAGAGUUGGACAGUGAUGGAUGGGAGAUUCAAACCCCGCAGCAUGAGGCCCAUCAGAAACACAAGGAAUUCCAUGAAAAAGUCAGAGAUGUUCUGAUAUCUUACAAGAAUGAGCAGUUUCGUGUUAUGCAGACUAUGCAGUCUGUUUCAAAGUCUCGAGAGUUGUGGUCUGAUUCCUCUUCAGAAGUGGACUGGAUUUUGGCUCAGAUCAAAGACCUGAUGCAGGAAAACAGGGAGACAGUGGCUGAAGCUCUUCUCAGUGAUGGCUUUCUCAUCCCAAAGAUGGAUUGUCUGAAGAUGCUAAAUAUCAAGUAUGAAGCAAAUAAAGAGGUAUGGCAAUUCAAAAUUCCCCCGACAUUUUACUGCUUUUGGCAGCCUUUGCUGUCAGGCCUCCUUUCACGAAGUUUUACACAGAUCCUAAUAGAGAAAAUGUUUAUAGAGUUGAAGGAAUGUUCUGACUCUUCAGAACUCCGGCCUCAGUUCUUGAUCAACUGGAUUUCUGAGUUGCUGACUGGCAUUGCCAAAGUAAACGCUGGGAAGAAAAGGCAACACUGUAACAAACAGGUGUCUGUGAAGGAGCUGUUCCUGCACAAAGUCCCUUUGCAGUGGAUAAGAUUGACUGACAGUUGCUUGGAAGCUCCCUGCUGGGCAACCCCACAUCUUCUUCAGCUGAUCCUCACAAUCAUGAGACCUCGCUUGCCACGUUCUUCUAGGAAGAACCUUCUCUAUCUUGCUUCCAUUUACACAGAAGGAGGUGCCCCUUUGUCCAGUCCAGGCCUCUCUUCAGAUGGCAGUGAACAACCAAUUUAUACUAUAGAGAGCUUACAGUGGAGAGCCAGGCAAGAAAAUCAGGUUAAAAAUCAAGGGCAGACUGUAGAGAAACAAGAAGAUGUGCUAGAGAGAGAUGAUGGUGUAGAGGAAGUGGAAGAGGAGGAAGAGGAGAUGGUAACUGAAACAAAUCCUUUGGAAGGACUUGCUCAUUCUGGUAACAUGGUGGCUAUUGCUGAGAAAAGGGCAGCACUGCAAGGGUCCGCCUGGCAGAUCACCGCAGAUGAAGUACGAUGGAAAGACUUUCCUCUUGGGAAACUCCCAGGUCAGACAGAUGACCCUGAUGGUCUCAUGUUGGAUAAUUAUUCUAUGAUGUCCCUGCUUGAUCAGCCAGUGAGGGAUGAGUGGAAGUCUCUCAAUACAAACUCUGCAGAAUUGAAUAUUCCCAUGACAGGAGGAUUGUUGUGGACCCAGAAUGACUUCCAUAAAAUAAAAAGUGGCCUUCAACUUUUCUGAGACAGCAGCAGAGUGCUCUGUGACUUUUAGUAUUGCACAAGUUAAGUGGUGUGGGAAAUCUAGUAAUGGUGGUGGGGAAAUAGUCAGGAGAAGUUGUUGCUGUGAUUUAUUGAUUUUUACCAUGUAAAAUCACUGUUUUAUAAAGGUGUUGUGUUUUAAGUUGCAUGUACAGUAGCCAUUGUCUUGCUUAACCAGUUGAAGUUUGCCAAAUAGUUAAUAAAUACAACUAACUGAAGGCAAACCUUGCUCCUGGAUGCCGUUUCUCAGUUUUCACUCUGGAAAGUGUCCUCUGGCCCUCAAUAGCAAGACUAUUGAGCCCUUCUUAUUUCAGUGAUGCUGUCCUGGAGGAGUGAUUUUACCAGUUUUCAUCUUUCUAGGAUUUCAAUGAAGCUUCAGGGAUCAAUCCUAGCUAGAGCAUGGCUGAAUGUACUGAGAUACAUAAAUAUACCUUUGAAAUGUUUUUGUCACAAUGUUUUUUCAAGUGAUAGUCUUGAAGCCACUACUGUCUCUUUUUUGAUUGAAGUGUUUUGCUUCAUGUUACUUCUGUUGAUGAUUUUGCUGAUAUUCAUAACCAAUACUGUGGUGUUUGCUGAGAGCUGGUAUGAUGACUGCAGAAAUGGACUGAAAAAGUACCUUUUGGAAAGUUGUUGAGAAAAAUGGCUUCCAGAUAGUUUUUCCUAUUCCGUUUUCUUUACCUGUAUUACAGGUUCUUGGAACUUAAGAGGCUUCUGUGGUAACCUGUCAGAAAAACCCAGGAGUUUAAGUGUAUAUUUAUUGCAGGACUCCUCGGUAAGAAUUUGUUAGAGUGCAUCUGCUAGAGGGUAAAACAGAGGCUUUCUCUGAGUCCAUCUAAUAAUUUGCAGGUUUUACAAACUAAACAGAAAGAAUAAUAUGGCAGUAGGAAGGGAUACAAAAAGGGACAUACGACUUUAGCAGUACAUUGCAUAGGGUUGAAAUGUUUAGAAGAGCAGCUUCGUGGAUGCUUUGGACAGGUUCUCAAGUAAAGGCUUAGCUAGAUGUCCCGAAUGUAUUAUUUCUUUAUUCCUUCUUCUCUAGAUUUUUUGUUAUCUUGCUCUACACUGCAGUUGCUUGUUACCAUGCAUCCAAAAAUGGAAGAUGCAUUGCACAUUUCCUUCUCUAAAAGCAAGCAGUGCCAAUGCAAAAGGAAAUAAACUUUCUGUUAUGAGGGAUUUUUCAUGGAAGCCCUUCCCCUUCCAAAUAUUUUUAGAAAUACUUCUUUUUCCCAGAAGUUAAUUAAGCUUAUUUAGAAAAUUCUGAGUGAAAGGGAUUUGUUCUUUUAUUACUUUUAUUUAGCUGAGUAUGAAAUUACUUCAAUUACUGUAUUUUGUAUUGCAAACAAGCAUAACAGUUCGAAUAGGAAUGUGUGGUCCUGGCAAAUACUGUACCAGCUGUAGCUUUUUUUCCCCCUUGGAAGAAGUGCACUCGGUAAGAUCAUGUGCUGCUACUACUACUAGAGGACCUUGAUCAGCUGUAGUUACUGCCCUGUGUAUCUGCCAUUACCCCACACAGAGAAUCUGGGAUUUUUUCAGGCAAUCAGCUAAAAAAAUUACCAAUAAAUGACUUGGACAGACUGCAACAGUUGUUUCGGGCAAAAAAGCUUUUUGGGGGUCUUGUCUAAAGAGGGUUGAAAAAUAAAAAGCUAGAAACAAAUAA